GGCAUCCGGCAAACAGCUCCACGCCCAGCUCAUCGCAGCCAGACGCCAAACCUGAAAUCAAAAUGGCUCCGCUGAUUCUUUACAACCAUCCCUUGAGCCCUCCAUGCCGUCUGGUACGACUGGUCGCCGGUAUCAUCGGUGUUGAUCUCAAAAUAGAGGAUGUAAAGGACGUCUAUAAGGACUUGAAGACGCCUGAAAUGUUGAAGAAAAAUCCCCAACAUACAGUUCCUAUACUGGAAGACCAUGGCCUGUACAUUAGUGAAAGCCGCGCCAUUGCCAUGUACCUCGUCUCAAAGUAUGCGAAGGAUGAUUCUCUCUACCCGAAGGAUAUAAACAAACGUGUUCUCGUCGACCAGAGGUUAUUUUUUGAUCAAGACUUGUUCCAGAGAAUUGUGAAUGUUUUCACGCCAGUAUUUCAAGGCAAACAAGCGGAACCCAGCCACAUCGAGAAAGCGAACGACAGUUUGGAAACUUUGAACCGAAUGCUGGAUGGCAAACAGUGGCUGGCCGGAGAUCAGGUCACUAUUGCUGAUUACGCCGUCGCUAAUAGCCUGUCAGUAUUGGAGUUUAACCCAAACAGUGGAGUUGAUCCUACGAAGCAGCCUAACGUUAAGCAAUGGCUUUCACGGGUUGAAAGUUCUCACACAAAAUGCGGAGAAGUCGCCAGAGAAUAUCGAGAAGCCUUGAAGAAAGUGUUGCAGAAGUAAAUAUGUAUAAUAUGUACGAAUACUGUAUAUGUCUGCAAAUAAUAAACAUGUAAGAUUUCUAAUCAAAUAAAGUCAUUAUUCUAUUAA